GCGCAGCGACCCGGGGCGCUUUGCUUUCCGCGCUGGGUUUCCCGGCGUCUGCCGUCGGUUUCCGGCUUCGGCUUGUUCUUCCCGGAAGAGGGAAGCAGGCUCGGGUCUGUGCGGCGCUGCGCCCGGAUCCCUGGGAACUGUAGGCAGUCCGGCCUCGGCAGCUGAGGCUUGUCCGCGCUCUGCCCUCCCGCGGGCGGGCUCUACAGGAUGAAGACGUCGGAGGAGCGACUCUUAGCUGCGGACAGCCUCCCUUCUGACCAGGCCCCAGCUCCAGGGCCCCAAGGUUCCCCUGGGCAUAAAGAUGCAGACUCCGAGCUGGUGCCGCCGCCAUGCGGUGGAGGUGACCAACCCCAGGUAGCCACAGGUUGCGUGGCUGGCUCGGCUGUGUCCCAGGAGUUGCAGCAAGGGGACCCGGCUCCUCGGGAGGCGCAGUUUCCUGCUCCCAGUGAGUUGAGCCCUCGAACCGAGGGACAAGAAGGUUCUGAAAGUGCGAGCCUUCCCCCGGUAGAUGCAACGGAUCGGCCCGCGUCGGAGUCGGCAGAGGCCGUGGAAGGUGUGUCCGAGGAACCCGCUGCAGCGGAUGAGGGGGACAUCUUUUGGAACUACUGCUUCUCGCAGGUACCCCGCUACCUCAGCGGUUCCUGGUCGGAGUUCGGCAGCCACCCGGAGAACUUCCUGAAAGGUUGUAAGUGGGCCCCUGACGGUUCCUGCAUCUUGACCAGUAGCGCUGAUAACGUCCUAAGGAUUUACAACCUGCCCCCAGAACUGUACGGUGAAGGAGAACAGGAGGAAUAUGCAGAAAUGGUUCCUGUCCUUCGAAUGGUGGAGGGCGACACCAUCUACGAUUACUGCUGGUAUUCUCUGAUGUCCUCCUCCCAGCCAGACACCUCCUACGUGGCCAGCAGCAGCCGGGAGAAUCCAGUUCACAUCUGGGAUGCAUUCACUGGAGAGCUCCGAGCUUCCUUUCGCGCUUACAACCACCUGGACGAGCUGACAGCGGCACACUCACUCUGCUUCUCCCCGGAUGGUUCCCAGCUCUUUUGUGGCUUCAACCGGACUGUGCGCAUCUUUUCCACAUCCAGGCCUGGCAGAGACUGUGAGGUGCGACCCACAUUUGCUAAGAAGAAAGGCCAGAGCGGCAUCAUAUCCUGUAUAGCCUUUAGUCCGUCCCAGCCGCUCUACGCCUGUGGCUCCUAUGGCCGUACCCUAGGCCUGUAUGCCUGGGAUGACGGUUCACCUCUUGCCCUGCUGGGAGGCCACCAAGGGGGUAUCACCCACCUUUGCUUUCACCCCGAUGGCAACCUCUUCUUCUCAGGAGCCCGAAAGGAUGCUGAACUUCUGUGCUGGGACCUCCGGCAGCCUGGCCACCUCCUGUGGUCUCUGAGUCGGGAAGUGACCACCAAUCAGCGCAUCUACUUUGAUCUGGACCCGAGCGGGCAGUUCCUAGUGAGUGGCAACACCAGUGGAGCUGUCUCUGUGUGGGACGUCAGCGGAGCUUUCAGUAGCGGCAAGCAGCUGGACCCUGUGAUGGCCUUUCUGCCCCAGAAGGACUGCACCAACGGAGUGAGCCUUCACCCCAGCCUGCCUCUGCUGGCUACUGCCUCUGGCCAGCGCAUGUUUCCAGAGCCCACCGACAGUGGGGACGAAGGCGAGCGGGAGCCGGGCCUUCCCCUGCUGUCCCUGGGCCACGCCCAUCCUGAAUGGCGGCUUCAGCUCUGGUGGUGUGGAGGGGGACCAGACCCCAGCAGCCCUGGUGACCAUCAGGAUGAGAAGGGACAAGGAAGGACCGAGGGAUGUGGGGAUGAGUUAAUAUAAAGAUUCUGUAUCAUACUGGAGUCAUUGUGUCUGUUUGGGGGUGGCACG